AUGGAGGUCGCCAAGAAGCCCGCGGAGAAGGGCAUCCUCUUUUGCAUGACCGGCAUCUUGCUGCAGUUCCUCAAAAACACGUCCGAAGACCAGUUUUGCCGACGGUUCCGCGUCGUCAUCGUCGACGAGGCCCACGACCGCGCGCUGGACGUGGAUCUGAUCCUCAUGCUCAUGAAGCGGCUCAUUCGGUCCCGGCUGAACAACGGCGCGCUGUUCUUGAUCCUCAUGAGCGCCACGCUGAACGUGGCGCGCUUCACAAGGUACUUCGGCACGCGCACGGUGUUCGAAGUCAGCGGCCAGACCAAACACGUAGACGUCGUCUACCCGCCCGUCGACGUCGCCGACAUUUACGCAAAAACCUGCGACAUCAUCGCCGACAUCGAGCGCUACGAGGAGGAGCACCCGCCCCCGCCCGGCGUGCGAGACGUGAUCGUCUUCAUGCCCGCCCAGGCCUCCAUCCGGCGCAUGGUGGCCGCUUUGAUGCGCUUGAACGAAGGGAAGACUGGCAAAAAGGUGCUGCCCGUCGAGAUCGCCGCCGCGGACGUGCACAACGUCUCAGCCAAUAUGCGGACCGUCUUCGAAACGGACCCGGCCAAGCUGCUCUUGCCGAGCGGAGACCUCGCUUUCCGCCGCGUGAUCGUGGCCACGAACGUGGCCGAAACCGGGCUCACGCUGCCCACCUUGCGCUACUGCGUCGACUCCGCCUUCCACUUCUCCAAGGAGUUCAUCGCACGGCACGGCGUCAGCAUCAUGACCGCCAAGCCCACCACGCGCGGCAUGUCCACGCAGCGCAAGGGACGCGUGGGCCGCAAGCAUCCCGGCGUGUUCUUCCCGCUUUACACCGAGGAGACCGAGCGCUGCCUGAUCGACGACGACCCGCCGCGCAUAGAGACCGAAGACUUCACGUCGCACCUGCUCGCCAUCGUCGUCAGCGCCGACGUGUCCACGCUGGACCGCCUGCCCGUCUGGGAGAUGCCGACGCCGCCGCCGGACGACAGCGUGCGCUACUCGCUCGAACGGCUGUUCCUGCUGGGCGCCAUCGACGACUUGGGCCGAGCGACCGAACUGGGCCGCAUGAUGAACACGUUCCACAAGAUCAGCAUCGAGUCCGCCAAGAUGAUACUCAGCGGGCUCGUCUUCCGCGCGCCCUUGAAGGAGCUCGUGGCGCUGGAUUGCCUGCUCAGCGGCUACGGUGGCGGACACCGUGGCGGACGUUUUCAAAACGAGAUGGUCGCUGUUGGCUGA